CAUUGCACAUUGCCUAUGCAGUUACAAUAGCUGAGCCAAAUUAUAUUGUGUUUUAGGGACUGAGAUUCUGUUGGCAUGCUGAUUUUCAAGCUGAUAUCUCUUUCAGUUGCUAAGGAAAUUUGGAGAGCGACCUCAACCUAAGCGGCUCACAAGAGAAGCAAUGCGAAAUUACCUAAAGGAGCGAGGUGAUCAAACAGUGCUAAUACUCCAUGCAAAAGUUGCGCAGAAAUCAUAUGGAAAUGAAAAAAGAUUCUUUUGUCCACCUCCAUGUGUGUAUCUUAUGGGCAGUGGAUGGAAGAAAAAAAAAGAGCAAAUGGAAAGAGAUGGUUGCACUGAGCAAGAAUCACAACCUUGCGCCUUCAUUGGAAUAGGAAACAGUGACCAAGAAAUGCAGCAGCUGAACUUGGAAGGAAAGAACUAUUGCACAGCCAAAACAUUGUACAUAUCUGACUCAGACAAGAGAAAGCACUUCAUGUUAUCAGUAAAAAUGUUCUAUGGCAAUAGUGACGACAUUGGUGUGUUCCUCAGUAAACGGAUCAAAGUCAUCUCCAAACCUUCUAAAAAGAAACAGUCACUGAAAAAUGCAGACUUAUGUAUUGCAUCAGGGACAAAAGUGGCACUAUUUAAUAGACUUCGAUCCCAAACAGUUAGCACCAGAUAUUUGCACGUAGAAGGCGGUAAUUUCCAUGCCAGUUCACAACAGUGGGGAGCAUUUUACAUUCACCUUUUGGACGAUGAUGAAUCAGAAGGAGAAGAAUUCACAGUGAGAGAUGGCUACAUUCAUUACGGGCAGACUGUCAAACUUGUGUGCUCAGUUACUGGCAUGGCACUCCCAAGACUGAUAAUUCGAAAAGUGGAUAAACAAACAGCAUUAUUGGAUGCAGAUGAUCCAGUAUCGCAGCUCCAUAAAUGUGCAUUCUACCUUAAGGACACUGAGAGAAUGUAUUUGUGCCUUUCCCAGGAGAGAAUAAUCCAAUUUCAAGCCACUCCAUGCCCAAAAGAACCAAAUAAAGAAAUGAUAAAUGAUGGAGCUUCUUGGACAAUCAUUAGCACAGAUAAAGCAGAAUACACGUUUUAUGAGGGGAUGGGACCAGUCCAUGCUCCAGUAACACCUGUGCCUGUUGUAGAAAGUCUUCAAUUGAAUGGUGGCGGGGAUGUAGCAAUGCUUGAACUUACAGGACAGAACUUCACUCCAAAUUUACGUGUCUGGUUUGGGGAUGUGGAAGCUGAAACCAUGUACAGAUGUGCAGAGAGCAUGCUAUGUGUUGUUCCAGAUAUUUCUGCGUUUCGAGAGGGUUGGAGGUGGGUCCGACAACCAGUCCAGGUUCCAGUAACUUUGGUCCGUAACGAUGGCAUAAUUUACUCCACCAGCCUUACCUUUACAUAUACACCGGAACCAGGGCCACGACCACACUGCAGUGCUGCUGGAGCAAUCCUCAGAGCCAACUCAAGCCUCAUGGCUUCUAGUGAAACAAAUACAAACAGCGAGGGAAGUUACACAAGUGUCAGUACAAACCCAACCAAUGUCACAUCAUCUACAGCAACUGUAGUUUCCUAACUACCGUUGUUUGUUUGCACUUUAACUGACUUUUAAGUGCUACAUUCAAGAGAACUGAACAAUUUUUGUGGUUUCGUGGGAAAACACCUUUCCGUUUUAGGUGAUAUGAUUUGAACCUUGUUACCUGCAAGUGCUGAUCUUAAAUAUAGAAGCCACAAUAAAAAAAAAUACAUCCGAAACGUAAGAACUUUAUUGAAAAUCUAUUUUUCAGCUGUUUUUUUUUAUGGGCAACAAAUAAAAAUGUGGCUGGGAUACAUGUUGAGCAAACUAGAAAACAUGAACACAGCAUAGUUUUUAUGGACCAAGGAACUUGUAUAAGCUUUAGUAUAAAAGGUACAUUUUCACCAUACCUUUUUUGUAUCACAACAUAUAGUACACUUUUGUUACCAAAUAGUUUAUAUUUUUUUUUCCUCUGAGCUUUUGCUCUGAAGUAUAUUCAGGUUCCAAGCCUGACCAUGCUUGUAUAAUCUAAUUACCAUACUCUUCCAGUUUAAAAAAAUAUAUAUAUUUUUGGUCUGUGGCUGGAACUGUUCCUUUUUUUAAACUGAAGUCUUGUGACUUUUUAUGAACUGAAAUUGUUUUUAUUUCAGCAAGUAGAACCUUGUAAAGGCCAGCAUAUUUUUUUUAAGAUUAUAUGAAGUCUGUGCAAAAGCUUUAAAAAAUGCCUCUGCCUUGCCUGCAAUACAUGCAAUGUAUGUUAACUUUAGUGCUCUGUUUUCAGUCAUUGUUAAUAGUUAUUUCUGUUUUCCUUUUUUUAAAAUAUGUAUUUAUAGUGAUAAUUCAUGAGGUUCUAACAUUACAUGAGGUUUUUUUAAAGUGGCAUCUCAAGCAGUCAUGUUAAUGAUUGUUCAUGUCACAGUCAUACGUUGGUGUUUUUGAAGGGUUGUUACUGGGUUUCUCCCACUCUUCCUUGCUCAGUCGUAUUGCAUCAGAAAAUGUUUCAGGAUCUGUUCAGGUUUUCUAAUCUUGUACAUAAUUUGUAUUAAGUGUAAGUUAAAUGUUUUAUUUCAGAAGUGGAAUGUUCCCAAUAACUUCAUUUGGCAGCAUGUCUUCUGUCUUGUUGGCAUGUAACUAAAAUAUCAUGAGAAAUAUGUGCUACAAAUGGGAUUGGUAGGUGAUGCCCUUCAUCACCGAAAAUCACAAAAAGCAUGUUUUGCUUCAUACUGUUGAGUAAAUUAGGCCAGACUUUGGUGUAAGACUUGUAUUGAGAACGUGCUUUCAUUGUGAAGUGAUCAUACCGUAAUAAAUAGAAGUAAAUUUUAUUACUUAGAAAUGGGCAAAUAGAAAACCGUAAAGCACUAUCAAGAUGUCAACUCCUCCCAUCCUUAUUUCCUGUGGGUUUCUCUUUCCCUGCCAACAGCUUGUGCAAUGUUUAAGUCUUCUCUCCAUCAUAAAUUUAAGGCUCAUUUGCACUUUGACUUUGUUGGUUGUUGUGUUUGUUUUUCACUUUGACCUUGCCAUGUUUUAUCCCUCCUUGUAAACCUGCCUGCUUCAUUUGUAUUUGAAAAUAUAUCCCGGUAGUUCAUUUGUAGUCAAGAACUAGGCAUAGACUCAUAGGACAAGUUCUGAUAGAGUGACCUUCUUCUUUAAAAGCCAAAAUACAAAUUUUAUGGUGUGUUCAGCCUUUACUAUACCCUGAAGCAAGAGCCACAACUGCAGUGUAAAUGUGAAGCUGUGGCUUUCUGCAGUGCAUUGCCUUCGGGCUUAUCUGUUGGCCGUUUUCAUAGGGUUAUUUUCUGACUGCUUUUUCCAGUUUGAACACUGCUACCAUUUUAAACUAUUGUCUCUGCCCUAUAUUUGUCUUCUGCUAUGCUCUGUUCUAAUGCUUGCUUCAGUGCUCCGUUGAACAUGUUUUGUAUAUCUUGAAGCCAAUGUGGUUAAAGGAAGAAAUGAGUUACAAAACACAUUUAACUAAUAGUUUAAAUCAGUGCCACUGUCCUUCUAAAAUGUGCUUGUAUUCCACCAGGCCUUCAUAUUUGCUAUCCUGUAUUAUGAUACUUAUUCCCAUGACAUAGUCACAAUGCUGGUUCUUAGCACUAGUGAAUACUGCCUCACCUCAUCUCUGUUUCAGUGACCAAGGGCAGAAUUCAUUGUGGCCUUAUCUCUGUUUUAAACUGUUUACUGACAUUUACUUGCAAAUCUGUUUACUUGUGUAUGUGCUGUAUAACUUUCUUCUGAUUGUUUUGUGGCAGGAAUCAUUUCACAGUGUUUUUGUUAGAAGCACAUAAGUAUCUUACAAUACUGCUUCAUUCAAGGGCCACAGUUUUUCAGCACUAAUUAGACUGAGAAUUAAAAUAAGUGAUACGUAUCAGAUUUAGAAGGAUAUUCAAGAACAAGACAUUAUAUAUACACAAUAGGUAAACCAUAACAAGCCUUUUAACCUUCAAAGAGUAUUUUAAAUAGCUUUUCAGAACUUGACA